CUAAAUUAGCAUCUCUACCUCAUUUACAAAUAUUUUCACAAUCACCAUAAUCUAAUUACAACUAAAUUGGCCUUUAAUUAAGCCAAAAAUAAGUCAUGAAUCAAUGUAAGAUUGAAGAUAUCAAUCAUAUGGCUUUCGAGUAUCAAAACUCAUUUCCAUCCAAUUUUAGCCUUAUACAAGAUGACCUACAACCUAGUAACCAAACCUCCCUUAAUUUCGACGAAUUCAACCUUCAAGCUCGGUACCUACAUAACACUAGCUCAACAUCGAAUGAGGCCGAGAAUAAGCAAGAUAAUAAUCUUAUAGACGAGAGGAAGCACCGAAGAAUGGUGUCUAACCGAGAAUCUGCUAGGCGCUCUAGGAUGCGAAAGAAGAGGCAAAUAAAUGAGCUAUGGUCACAAGUGUUACGACUAAAGGGUGAGAACCACGAACUUGUUGAAAAGCUUAAUCAUGCAUCUGAGUCUCAUAAUCAAGUUGUUCAAGAGAAUAACCAGCUUAAGGAGGAAACUUCGAAUCUUCGAAACAUGGCUACGUACGUGCAACUUGAUACUGAUGAUUUAAACAAUGCUUUGAGAGAUUUAGAAGAUAUAUAAUUAUGGCUUACAACUUAAUUAUUGUUGUUAUGUCGAGCCAUAUUUUGAGCUUGGCAUGAAUAUAAAAAUUAUUUCAUGAAUAUGUAAUAUGAAGCUAAGUAUUACUAGUAA